UUAUUACCGGACAACACUGAAGGAGCCGUGAAGGAAUGAGUCAUGUGACUUCGUGCUUUUCUCGCGAGAUCUUCCUGACUGCAGAAAACAUGGCAGACGAACACGCACGGAAGUGGGACCGCUGCCUUGCUGACACAGCGGUGAAAACAGUAACGGGCCUCGGUGUUGGCAUUGUGUUCUCGCUCAUUGUCUUUAAACGUCGCGUGUGGCCUUUGUCAUUCGGUUCAGGCUUGGGACUGGGCAUGGGCUACAGCAACUGCCAGCAUGACUUUAGGUCACCAUAUCUGAUUCAUGGUCGCAUGGUUAAGGACCAGUAAUGAAGGACUGAAGAUGACGAGGGCUUUCUCAUCUGUUUAUUGUAAUCCUUGUUUUUUGGGGGGGGUUGAGUUUUUUUGUUUGUUUGGUUUUUUUUGCUGUACUGGUAUUAAUCUGCAAUGAUGCCCACGCUGUGUUUAUAAAACAUUAAAUAUAUAUUUAAUAAAGUCACUGUGGGAAAAAG